CAAAGUUAUCAUUUACCUCCUUCAUGCCUUUUUCACUACGCUCGUCGAAGACACAAUGAGGAGAAAACAUGUCCUUUGGACGGGGAUUUGGACAGUCAGGAAACCAGAGCUUUGACGGUACAAGGGCUAUUUAAUUACGCUUAACGUUUCGACUAUUUAAAGAAAGCUAUGGUUUUGGUUAUCAGCGGUAGUGUGACGUGAAUUUUGUUUCACUUUGUACAGGCAGCCGACCAAGCAAAUUUCUGUACAACUCCGGAAAAAAUAAAAAGAAUGAUCCUUGGCGUACAGAUGAUCCUGACAUUGAAGAUGGGUUAGAACUUGCUCUCCAGCCUAAAAAUAAGUUUCUUAAAACAAAAGACAAUCGCAACUUGCCAGGUACGAGCGAUGUUUGUUGUAAUGAAGUCUCCGUUUACUGACAUUUCUUUGCUGAUUACUCUCUUUCGUAACUCUUCACGCAGGAUCCGAACUAGACGGCGUCUGGAGUAUACGCAAAAACGUUCAAGUGAGCCAAGCUAGCAAGAACGGCACGUUUUUAAACACAAACAAAUCGACACCUUCAUAUUAUUCAAGGCACGGCGGAUUGAGUGGUAGGCCUAAAUGCGUGUUAAAUAAACUAUUCUAAUCUGCAGUAAUCUGCAGUACGUAAGCUUAAUUCGUAAUCUUUGAACUUGGCUUUUUUAUUUUUCUUGAGUAAAUCGCAAGCUUAAUUUCAGACUAAAACGGCCGCUCUCUCAAAUGAGCUUUUGUUUUUGAUACCGUAAGUUUAAUUUGAGCUAUUGUUGCGGAGAAUUUGUGUUUACCUCGAACGCAAACUCACAAUCUAGCAACCGCUCUUGAUAGUUUUUACGCUUGGCUCAAUUUUCCACCGAUUUUUUCAUCCCGUCACCACAGGUUCUGGAGAUGCGGAAAGUUCGGCACUGAACAGAGCGCAAAACGACGAAUUUCUCAAUUCAAGUAGUGGUAGGUAUCAUUUAUAUGUCGUUCGUGUGGUGUUUUCUGUCAAAGUUUAUUUUGCGGUGACAGUUUUUUUCAUUAAAUUUUACCGCACUGCGAGCAAACCGUUUUGUCGCUAGCUGAGUGAAAGUCGGUUUUAAUUAAUAAGUGAUGUUUUGUACGUUGUAAAAUUCACCUGCUUUCAGUGUGGCAACUUAAAUAAUUAUUUGUUAAAGAAUUAUCGAUUCCGUGGAUACUCAGGAAUGUUAAGCGAAUCUUCUAGAUAGGAAUAUCUAAUAUAAUCUUAUGGUUUUAAGGGAUUUAACAGAUCUUGUUUAACAAAUUGAAAGAUUUGUAGAAUAUGAUGCUUACCGGUAAUUCUGACAUAUUUCCAUGUGAUACUUUUUAAGUUAAAUUAAUUAAACCGAAAAGUAGGCGUAAUUGAAAUUGAGAUUAUUGUGUUUGGGUACAUUUGUACUUGUUCUACUCAACAGCAGGAAAAGUUUACUUAAAGAAUUGUGCUAAUAAUUUGUCAUCUUAUGUUUCUAAAUUUUCGAGAUAUCACUUAAACUCGUUAAGAUGAAAGGUUUAUCUUCUCCGAAGUUCUAAUCCUAUCUGUGUUCCCUAGUGUAAACAUUUUUUCUAUAGAGGGAAAAAAAAUGAUGCCAAAAUGUCUUUCUAGGUGUAGGUCUAUUCUGGCACCACAUUCUUAAGGGCUACCCCAUGUUUGGUUCUGCUCAAUUCAACACUAGCAUCGUUUUAGCUCUUCACUCAAGGCUUGUAUGAUAUCUCCAUCAACUGAUCAAACAGACAUGCCAAUGUUUGUGAGCAUGACAUCUAGAUAAUUUCUCCUUUGCACUAAAAACCACCUCCCACCCCACUUCCAACAUUAAACAGUUACAGUUGUCAUAAAUGUUUGCGAAUGAUGAAAAGUGUGUGGUUGUGCUGUUAAAUGUAAUUUAGGGCCAAUCUGCACUAGCGAAAAAGGUGUUUAUUUAGACGAAUUUUCUGUCAUCACCAACGCUUAACAAAUGGGCACCGCAGAAAUACGUUUUUGAAGGCGCGAUACAGUAUUUUGCUGGUCAGCGUCAUCGCCUUUAAAAAUUAAAAACACCGGCAACUUUAAAUUGGUUUUCAACGCGAGCCCGGUUUGCGAUGAAAAACCCCAAAACUUAGAGCGAAAACUGCAAACUUAGCGCCUGAACUUCACCUAUCGUUUCUAUUAUUCGUAUUCCAUAUUUUAUGUCGUGCCAGAGUUAAACUGAGCUUGCACAGCAUGUGAAAUUGUUGUCUCGCGUAAGACUAUCGCGGGCGCUUUGGUCUUCGCAACAUACAAAUUUUGUUUUGAAGAAAAUGCUUUGUUCAAAGGCCAAAACCAGGAGGCUUUUCGGAUGGCUGUAGCGGUAUUUUAAGAAAAGCAAACCCUCAAGUAUGUAGAGCUGGUGGUCUGCAGCCUAAUGAAAUGGUUUGUCAGCGCCAUUUUGAUAAAAUUCAAGAGAGGGCGACAGGAGAUGCUCGUGUCCAUCUACUUGGGGACACUCUUCAAGGCUGCACGGACCCACGCGAUUCCUCAUCAUUUCUUUCCCACUCUUGACCAUGCUGGUUUUAAUUUUCCUAAUUAUCAACCUGGAACACGGUGGUGCAACAAAUGUCGCAGUGACGCUCCAUAAAAGAAUACAAAACUGGCCAAAAAGUGACAAAUCGGGAAAACAUCGCCACUAGUCAACAAGAUCACACGCAGGUAAGUUUUCUUAAUAUGUUCAUUUUUGUAGGAUGUUCAAGAAAACCUGGAAUGAUCCUUUGAUAUUGAUUUAUUUAUUAGUGUUGUGUAUUUCAGAGUUUAUUUACUUACCUCAAGUGUCUUUUUCCUAUAAUAAUAGUUAUCACAUUGAUCUUUUACAAAAUUGUCUUAAAUUUUUUGUGUUGUCAAAGUUUGUUAUUACCCAAUACUACCUACAGCAAGUUUGUAAAUUGAUAUAAGCUAAUAACUUGGGACAUGAACAUUCACAAAAAUUAUAAAUGAUACUAUCCGUUUUCAAAAGCAAAAGAGUUUUGUCAGAAAAAUUUUUAACACUGUUUGGCAUCCAGUACUCUCCCUCACAUUUCUUCUCCCUGGGGUUGUUAGAGAUAAUUAUUGUGAAGAGAAAUCAAACUUUAUCUCCAAUAUUUAAAAAGCACAGGUGGUAAAAAGGACAUAGCAAAACAAUAUAAUGAAAAGGCUGGUAAAAAAUACUCCAAGGAGAGAGAGAACCUGAAUCACCAUGAAAUUCUGCAUAAAGCUUUAUUAUUUUAUAAAGACAUGAUAACAUUGACCUAAAAUUUAAUUAUCAUUUUUCAGGCUUCUGAAGGAAACAACAAAGCUUUACAUGUGGGAUCCACUGCUGAACCAGAGCUGGAGCCACAAACAGUGGUAUAGGAAUAAUUUUCUUAAGUGACUGUGUUUUAUAAAAUAAUUUCCUGUACUGGCUUUAAAGAGUAGAGUACUUGUAUGUAUUUCAAACAAAAUGAAACAUUAAUUUUGACUCUUCAUAUUUUCUAUUCUUGUGUGCCAUCAGCAGAAUUCUCAUUACUGGACUAUUGCAGAAGGGCAGUAUGGUCCAAUGUUGGUUGGGGAAGAUGGUGACAUCAUGAUUGAAGCAUCCACAUGGAAAAAUAUUCAGGAAAAGUUAAAUGGUGAAUGUAGACACCCUUACUUUGAGUGUUGUUAGAGAUAAUGCAGUACUAUUAUUAUGUUCAUGCCAAAAACAUAACUUUUAUGCUGCGGUUUAAAUUUAUCGUUGGUUCAAAUGUUAUUUUCCUUUGUUUAAAACUCAUUAUGACACAUUACCAUACCCCAAAACAAAGAAAAAUAAAUUUGAGCCAUAGGAUAAAAUUAAACCACCACACAUAUAAUUCCUAAAUUAGGGGCUUCAUGGUUAUAAUAAAAAAUAAUAAAAAUAAUGUGUACAGUUUAAUGAACAAGCAGGAAUGCUUUAUCAAGUUUAAAACACCAGUCACAGCUGAGUGUUUUAGACUUAAUAAAGAGAGAACUGUGACUUUAUUAUCAAACAGCUUAAAAAUCUCUCGAGGCACAUUUAUCCAUUCAUGCACUAAUACAUGUAUUUAGAUUUGGGUUAUUUUGGCUAAGAAAAUUGGUCACAUCAUUAGCAUAUCAGAUAUAUAAUACAAUGUAUAUUAUAAUAAAGGAUUUUUGAAUUACAUCUAUUUGUAACACAUCUUUAAGGUAUUUUAAAGCAAUAAUUCUUAGUACUAAUCAGUCAUUAACUGUGACAGAACCCACAUUCAAAGAACAAGUUGAUGCCCUAAGUAGACAAAUAGACAAAUGUGAAGAUCGAAAAAGAUUAGUGAGUCAACCAGUUUUUAAAGAGUUCCUCGAGUCCAAUGCCCCUACACUAUACAAGGAAAUCCUUGACAGUAUCUUGUCAGAGCGUCAUGGUGAAAAAAGGGCCAACCUGCAAGAGAAGAGAACAACAGCCCUUAUAUGGCAGCUUCUAUAUUACAGGUACUUAAGGGUGCAAUAAUUUUGGUAACUACAUAUAUAGAAAGUCACAAGGCCUAAAGCAUUCACAAAUGAUUUAUCUGGAAUCCCAUUCAAAGAAUCUUAUCCAAACCUCAUGAUCAUUGGAGGCAGAAGUGGGGAGACAUCAUUAUAGCAAUAUUGUGGGAAAGGUGGGGAUUUAGUACUAGUAACACUUUUUUCCUGACUUGAAUAUCAUCUUCCGCUGUAGAUAAUUAUAUUACAAUACUGAUCUACACUACAUUAUGUAUAAUAAUUGUCUGUAAACGUACCUACGUGAAGUACUUUCUAUGGAAUAUACAAGCACUGAGAUUGAGAGUUCAAUAUUAUUUCCGAGUUUUUUCGGAAAAUAUGUGACUUACUAAUGCUAAAUGUGUCAAGUCUGGUAUGACUUUCAGAAAUCAGAGACACGGCGAAUUUAUGGAUGAAAGCUCCAUCUUCUUGGAACUUAAUGGUCUGUCAUCUAGUGGUAUGGCCCUUGGUAAAGUGUUGGGAUUUGCAAGAGAUGAAAAAACCAAGACUCAUCAGAAGCACAAAAUGGCAUCUGACCAUUUGACAAGGGCUAAAAAAAUGGCUUGUGAAGCUUUUCAAAACGUAAAAAUAAUACCUGAUAGAAAUUGAAAAAAAUGUUCCUGAAGGUACCCACCAAUGUAGUUACAAAACACAACAACAUCCGUAUGAUAAAAAGCAUUUUCUACCUACAAAUUAAGCCUGUGAUUUUGAGAUCUUUAUAAAGUAUAAUACAAUUAUUUAUAAUCACUUUCUUUCCCUUUCAACUUUGUCUUAACAGAAAUUCUUUCAGAUACUAUCUAUGGACGAUUUCCAUGACAUUAAUGCAAUAAAAACAAUAACCAAAGAAUACUCACCACUGCUGUUCAUAUAGCGACUCUUCUUUUGGACAUCCAGUCCUCUGUUCCUGCAGUUCCUCAUCCUGUUGAGCCAGCCAAUAUUCACCGAUGUGACAUGGUUUCAGAAGGUGGUGGUACACCCACAGUCUGCAGAGGUGGAAUUUCAAGUGAUGCAGUGGUUAAUGAAAUGAGGGAAUUCUGGCCACACUAUAGUGAAUGCUUUUCCUUGGAGAGUUUGCCUCGGCCAUACAAGGGGAUCGAUCUAUGUAGGAUGCAGCAGUCCAUGAAGGAACUACGGUAAGCAAGUAGAAUAAAUUCUUUUACGUUAAGUCCAAAAUGUCAUUUCCAUCACCUGGUAUAAUAAGAAUUGCAGUGUGACUGCUCUAUUUGCCUUGAUUGGUAGAGUUAACUCUCUAGUCAAGCCUGAAUUAUUUUUCAGCUACUUACUUGUAGGUAGCCUGUGCUGCAGACGAAACUAAACCUAAACUUGGUUUGUUUACAUGUACAACACAGGCUACAGUGUAAUUACACUUACAAUGUUCUUCAUUCAACUGUGAGGAUCACAUUCACUUCCAUAUCUUCAGCUGCAGUUCAAAAAUAUAAGAAUUCAUAAUUUAUUUAUUUAAUCUACUAGAAGUUACCUUGUAAAUUCCUUUUUUACUAAAAUGUUAACACUUAGCCACAUAUGACUUUUUUAUUGCAGAGUCUAUUCAAGAGAGGACCAUGAAGAAUGCCAAACGUUAAAAUCCACCAUACUAAUCGAUGAAAUCGAACAAAAUCUGCACAGUAAAGAUGACUACCAGGCCUGUCAUCAGUACAUUUUGACACCAUUCCAGAGUUCAGAGAUUUCCUAAAAUUACAUGUGGCACCUACAGUUGGUGACUGGCCCACAUGGUACCAUCAGAAGAAGAUUGUUUGCCAUGCUGACUUGGAUCAAGAAAUUACAUCCCUGAUUCCUGAGCUGGGACAGUUUCAUGUCUACUUGAAUAGUUCAGAAGAUGUUGUAAAGCAGUAUUAUCCCAUCUUCAAAGAGAUCUAUGGAUCAGUUUUUGGCCAAAGGGUAAGACUGCCUGAAAAGCCCAGGCCAGAUAAAGUAGCACUGUGUAUCACACUAUCAUUCUGUGGUUGGCUGAACAUCCGUAGCCAGGUUAUUCAGGCCUUCGGACUAAGCAAGGACACUGAAUAUACUUGCCUACUUCAUCUCUUUGAGGAGCUUAUUCCUUUGUGUUUCCUGCACUACCCAGUUAUAGUUAGAGGAGGGCAAUUUGAAGAGCUGACAUCGUCAAUGAAGCGCCUGGCCAUCAUGUUUGUAGCCAUGGACCGCCAUCACUACAAUAAAGCAUCACUUUCAUGGCUCAGCGAUGUACAGCACCAGCAGACAAACUUUCCGAAUAUUAUGAUGCCAAGGGUACCUUAUGUCCAGUCCUGAAUGAAAAGAAGGUUGAAAUCUUUCAUUCGAAGUUAAGAUCCAAAAUAAGAAAGACAGACAAAGGAGCAAAAAUUCAAGAAACAGCCAGACUUAUUGCCAGAUCAAACUUUGAAGAGGAUGGCUUUGAAAGAAGUUAUGUUCCACAAUGUGUAAGAGGAUAUAGUGACCAAGACUUGCUUUUGCUUUCAGGUAAAUAAAAGCCUCCAUGUCUAUAUAUGUUGUGGUUUAACUUAAUCCCUGGUUUAAAUUUUUAUUUUCCUUUGUUUAAAACUUAUCAUCAUACAUUACCAUACCCAAAAACAAAGAAAAAUAAAAUUUAAACCAAGGAUAAAAUAACCACAACAUAUAAAUCAGUGAAAAGACUGAUUGUUGUACUUUCAACCUACAAUGUUACAUGCCUGUUACGAAAGACAAAUUUUUUUUUUAAUGAUGAUUUUCUUUCAAAUUGUAUGAUUUUUUCAGGUUUAGCAUCUGAAGGCAUUAUGGCUAUGUUUGAGAGAGUUGCAUUGAAUCUGGGUAAAUCCUACAUGCUUCCAAGACCACUAAACAGAGCUGGCCGUCCAUAUGGCAAAGCACCAUACUACCUAGCAAGUUUUCAGACAGAAUUCACUGUCAAGUCAUUACCUCUAGGGUACAGAUGGCCUUCUAGCCGACCAAAUCCUCAGCUAGACUGUGAUGCAGAAGCAUGCCAUCAUCCUUCUCAUUCAAACAUCCAGCGACUGACAUGUGGCCAUACAUUCCAUUCUCCCUGCAUGUCCGAUGAGAAUGGCAACAGUCUUGGAUGCAUCAUUUGUCUUCGUAACUUGACUGCUGAUAUCCAGAAGCUGUCCCAAGCCUGGAACAUUCGCCUUUUGUCCGGUCUGAAUGAAGUUGAGGAAGAUGGUGGUGAUGGCAAUGACGAUGAUGAUGACGAUGAUGGCAACAAUUCUUCCAUUCCAGAAAUACCUGAUGUACCAAAAGACCACAAGUAUUUCAAGUCACCACAAUUCAUUGAGUACAUCAGAGAAAGAGUUAAUAAGAUUACAUUGGCUGUCAAUGCCCAGGCAGAAUCUCAUGAAGAGUAGGCGGUUUCUUGUGUAUGAAAUCAUGACAAAAGGUGUAAAAAUAUUGCCACUUGAUUUAAAAAAUGGAGACUGGUAUCACUUUAGAGGUCAAUUGACUACUGUUGAACUCACUUACAACUUGCAGUCAAAACUAUAAAAAUUAUUGACCUUCCUGCAUAUACAUCGACUGUUGAUGAAUGCAGUUGUCAAAGGUACUGUGUAUACAUGUAUGUAGCAAGGUCAUUUUUCACAGAACUACAACAUAUACAAAAUAAACGCGUCAAGGGUCUAUUGGUAAUAAAUAUAACUCAGAAAAUGUGAGAGUGCAUAAAGUGUAAAAAAUGAAAUGUAUAGUAAUGUCUUUAGCGACUAUGAAUGAUGCACUGUUUGUAAGACGGCAGUCUAAUGUUUCGAGAAAACAUGAAUAAUACUUAAGCUAAAGCAAGUUUAUACUGUAAUUAAGAUUACACUGUAUACCCCUAAUAAUAUUGUUUAAGCUUAAUGUGAAACGGAAAGCAAAAAUUAUCACUGAUAUGUAAAUAGAAGUCGACGGCUAAACCAAGUCGACAAAGGCAUAGUUAUGAAACUGCAGAUUAUUUAAACUUACGUUUAUUUUUAAGUCUUAAGCUUAAAUUCUAACAUUCGAUUCAACGGUAGCUGAGCUGAGUAAGCUUAGCGCCUCCAAUAAAAUUAUUUAUGAAUUCUCAAAAAGCGUCUUACCUGUAUUGCAAGUUAUAAAUGCAAAUGCUACACUUAAAAACCUUCCCAGUCUUUCUUGUUUAAAAUCUUCUGUUUUUCUGGCUCCCCAAUGUAGCUUCUGGCACAUUGUACUGACACGCAUCCAGGCAACGCCUACACGGGUUACCGCUUUAACGGUAUUUACUGGUUCUUUAGUUCGGUCACGAUCUUUUAACAUGAUUAAAGGAAGCUAGUCUCAGAAAGGCGAAGACUGCUCGUGAAAUUCCACAAUAAACACGGCCUCAACGUUUCAUAAACACGUGCAAGCGGAGACGCAGCGAAGGAAGCGAUCUCUUUCAUCCGAUCGAACAAACUCAAAUACCGCUGACCAAUUGCUGUGACGUCACAAAACGUAUUUCUGCGGUGCCUAACAAAUGUGGAUGGUUUAUCGUGAUUUUACAAGUUUUGUCCCAGACAGGACAAUCUUCAAAGACGCUGUGGACAAAAUUUGUCCUGGGUUAAAAAUUGGACAAAAUCGACUUAACAAAUGAAAAAUAAUGUGUUUUACUUGUCAAUCAUUUGUUGUAAAGCAAGUGUCCUUUCCAUUAAGUAGUGACAGAUGCGACAGCCUGUUAAGAGUAAAUAGUUUCCAGACAGUGGUGAUAAUUUUUUUCUAAACAAAAAUUGUCAUCAUACAAAUUUUGGCUUGGAUGUUUCAAAGACAAUUCCAAAUUUGCCUACUUGUGCAGAUUGAUGGUUUUCACGGUGAAGUCAUCAGAUUGCAAAGUCAAAAAAGCGAGGUUUUACGAAUUCUUAUUUACACUAGGUUGAAGAUUAAUAGGAAAUAAAUCUUUGUACAAGUUUCCAGCCCGAAGCAUGUUUCAUUUCGAAAAUACAGCAGUUUGAACUUCCAAGUUUUCACAGUGCAUGACACCAAAAUAGGAAUGCUAUCUCCUUGAAAAAAGUCUCUCCGCUUGAUUUUCAGCAGUUUAACCAUUUCACGUAUUAGAAGAUAUGUUUAUGGGCAAGUAUGCUAGUUCUCGAGUGAAAAGGAGGAGCUUUUAUAGAAAAAGUGAACUCCAGAUGUUUUUGUUGAUUUCCGGCAGCCAUAUUGGUGGACAGUUUCUGUCCACCAAUAUGGCGUCUCCAUACAAAGCUCUACAAAGGUGCUUGAAAUGUUUCGGCAACUAACUCAGAAACUGUGGGCCACAAAGACCUUAGAUUUGGACAAAUUGUUUAUAUAUUAGUCUUUUAUAAUAUUUCAUUUUCUUGGCUUCUUCCACUGGAUGGUUUCAAAUGUGUUUUUUUGUGCCGUGUUUAUUGCGUGACAGUGAAAACGAAGAAUAGGCCCUUACACUGUAAGUGGGCCUUCAAGAAAAUUGAGGCUUUUAAAAAAAUACUAUAUCCCCCUAUAGAACAGUGCUCAAAACACAACUCCACGCUGGAGAUUUGGUGACAUGUACAGGAGACCAGGGCUUCUUACCAUUACAUGGGUAAACUGGAAAUUCGGUUGGAAAAUCAAAUGGUUUGUGCCAUUCUAUUUGGGAAGUGUCAGAAACUAUAGGCUGUCAUUUUAGGCCAUGCAAUUUCUAUACUUUUUCUGGUCAGUUCAGCUGAUUUAGAUAUACUUUGUGGGUUAUUCUUCCACAAGAUCAACACUUAAUGGGGUUAACCGAUAGGCGUAAAACAGCCCAAAAAUUAGUCGAUAGCCGUAAAAAUUGAAAAAUUUUAACCAUUAGCCGAAAAUAGUGUAAAAAAGAGUUAACCGUAAAAGAAAUUGUUCCCUAGAUCUGUUGAUUUUAAAGAAGGUGCUAAACUCUCUUAUGGUUGCAUUAUCUGUCUGAGACUGGCCUGUGCACAGUCGCCCCCUCCCCCACAGACACCCCUUCUCCAAUUUUUUCUGAGGGGAGGAGGCGGCUGUACACAGGCUGUCUGAAACGGAUAAUCCAUCUUCAAACUGUCCGUCAAAGCUGACGGAUAAAGUCAGGCGGAUUGUUCAUUCAAAAUUAAAACUCUUUCCAUUUCAAAUUAAGACGUAUUACCCAUCUGGUGCGAAUUAACAAACGGAUAACCCAUCUCACACGAAUAGUCCAUCUCUAGAGUGAAACGGCCAUUUCUUUUAUAAUGAAUUUCCCCCCCUUCGCCUUGAGUUGGGCGUUUGCUUGUAUGCUUUUCUUUUCACAAAGAGUAUUUUUAAAUUGACUAUUGAGAUUUCUAUGCAUAAAAUAAUAUUAAAAAUUGAAUACUUUAGAAAUAGUAUGAUCUAUCAAAUGUUAAAAUUCUUCAAAAAAGUAACUUCAUUUUAUCCCGAAAUGGUCCCAAGACCUUUAUUUUGCUUUGAAGGUACAAAAAAUACAGGUUUAUUAAUAUUUCAUUCUAAAUGAAACAAAAGAAAUUAAUUUUAACUUUUUUGUUAACUGUAACUAAAAAGAAUUAACCGAUAGCCAUAAAAGAGACAAAAUGUUAGCCGAUAAUCGUAAAAGCCACCACACCAUUGAGACCCUCUUUAGAGGGAGAAUCCCUUGAGAUUGAUUUAUAUGGACGUACAUCUUUCUCAUAUGUGAUGUGCUUGUGAUAAGCUUACAACACAAAUUACGUCUGACUUGUGAAUGUUGUCAGUUUGGUUUGCAAUGUACAUGCUAAUUGUAAGCACAUUGCAUAUGACAUAAGUUCAGUGUAUAGUGUAAAUUACCCUUUAAGGAGAGAGUGCACAGGAAGACACCAGAUUAGGGUUUUUCUUCCCACACCCCUUUAACUGAUCAUGCACUGGGAGCUUAAUGUUAUCUCCCAUCUCAAUUCAGUGGAAUUGAAUUGCACCUUUUCAAAUACUGUAGACUGGUUUAAGGUGUACCAAUUCACACUCCGCUACAGUGUGCAGUGUUAAACAAAAUGCAGUAGUGUAAUUUUAUAUCCUUUUCUUUGGCAUUUUCCUUCAGAUCAUAAAUCAUGGAGUAUGGCGAGAAGCUCAAACUUUUCAUACUCAGAUAAACCAAAGUUUGGUGGAGGUAUUCAUGCUUCAUCAGCAGAUACCCAGCCUGAUGAUUUUUUGGAUUCAAGAAGUUCUUCAAGCACAGAUCAUGAAAUUAAUGAUAUGGUGCACAAGAAAAAUCUUUUGAACAGCAAACUUAGGAUGGCAGGAGGUAGGACUUAAAUUACACCAUUAAAACAAUCUUCAGUCAUUUAUAUUGUAAAUAACAUUUUUUUGUGGCUAUAAAAAAUUGCAGUAAAAUUUUGCUUAAAAAAUCGUAAGAAAUGUUAUUUUAAAAAGCAUGACGACGUUUCGACGUUCUCAGACGUCAUUUGCAAGUCAAAAGAAAAUAGCAUGCAUGUUCUAUAAAUACUAGAGAAAGCAAUAGAUCAUUGAAAAGAAAAGUAACAUAUUAAAAUCUGUUACAAGUUAAGUAAUGAUCCAGGUAAGACAGGAAGCAAUUCCUUUUGUUAUGGAACAAUUUACUUCCCUCACAUAGAAAUGUUUUCAUUUUCACCCAGAGAAUGCAUAAACCUACAAAAAGGUAGUUUACAAAAUGAAAUGAACCUCCAUUUCAAAAGGGUGUUUUUUUCUGUUAAAGUAUUUUGACCAAUCAGAAAAGUUACAAACGAUAGCCAAGAAAAGUUUACAAUUUUACAUGUUUCUCACAGAGCAUUUCUGUGUUACUUAGACUCAGAUGAGAUUUUGUUAUAAGGAACUGGGUUGGAAAACAAAGGAUUUAUAUAAGUGCUGCUUUGCAAAGAUUUCAAAAAAUCUGCUGUUUAAACCAAACAGAAGUAUAUUACAAACAAUAGUAAAGUUAGUACCUUUUUGCAUUGGCACUUGUUCAUUGCAUUUGGUUCUUUCCUUCUUACAUGUAUCUGGACCGCUAAACGAAGAGUUUCACACUAAUUGAGUCACUCUAAAUAUUAAUACUGGGCCUGAGUUCUUUGAUGCAUAACAUCUCCUAAAUGAGGCAAUCGUGGCACUUCUCUAGAGAUACAUUAUAGAACACGAAAAAUAAAAAACACUUCUUUAGAACACAAGAAAUAAAAUGUAAUAUUUUAUUGAAAAAGAUGUGACCCUUUUUGAAACAAUCAACUCUUUCCUUGAAGAUGCCUUUCUUUUACUUAAACCUCACCAAGAAGGCACAACUUCCAAAUAACAAGCACAAUAUUUUGUUGCUUUAAAUCUCACUAAAAUAACAGAAUACAAGCGUUUUUUAUAGUUAUAUUACAGCUGUAUAUAAAAGCCACAUUACAUAAAUUAAUAGGGUAUGCCUAUGUUUUUUUUAGCUCCCCAGAUAUCAACUCGUGAAAUGUCAGCAAGGACACGACGUGCAAAAAAGAUGCAUGAUGCACAUCUCAGGUCAAUGGGUUUGGGGCAGUUCACACCAAGCGGUAAUGGAUCGUACAUUUCACCAGGCGAGGAGCAAAAUAAAGAUGAUGACUUCUAGUUGAUAUAAUACAUGUAUGUGAAAAAUGGUUCUGGUCAAACAUUGAUUAAGUUGUUGCAUGCUCUCAGACUUUCAGAAGGAAAAUAUAAAGAAUUUAGAGCAAUUGAAAAAAUCACUGCUCUAUGGUCUUCAUAGUCUACUGUAAGUAAAAUCUGGAUAGGAAAUCUAGCAAGAGAAGUUGAGGGACCAUGGUGUUUUUAGUGUUCCACCAAUUAAUCUUACGUUAUAUGCUAAGUAUCUUGCAGUAAUUUAUUUGCAUAAGUUGUUUGUGACAGGACAACUCUCAAUCCUGUACUAAACACUUAGCAGGAGCAUCCUUUCAUUAGCAGGUAUCAUGAUACAACAUUAAUGACCUGGUCUUGUCAUGCAGAGGAAAGUUGAUGAAACAAAUGCACUGGCCACGGUUCCCUCACUCUCAUCAUAGCUUGCUAGACUCCUGAUUGGAGAAUGUAUUAUUUAAUAGAUGUACAAUAAUUUACAUUAGAAUUUUUUUAACUGUACAUAUUACAAGCAUGAUUUGGCAAAUAAUUUAUUUUAUUUUGGUAGCCUUUUAAGAUAACAUUGACAAGAAACUCUGAUGACUGUGAGCGUUCAAAUGAAACCUCUUCAGCAGUAGUUUCACAUGGUACCAUUCGUUUUUUUUGGUGUUUGACAAAAAAAAGAAAAAAAAGAAAAGAAAAAGCACGUAAUCAGAUCAUACUGUACAGAUGGGGGUCAAAGAUUGCCUGCUUAUAAGGGUGCCAAUAGAGCUGCCUGGUUCCUCACGAACAAAAUUUCUGAGAGGUUGAUUAUUAUUUAGGAAGAUUAGAUUACAGCCUUGAACAGAUCGAUGAUCGAUGUAUUUUUGGAGUGUUUGUACUUUUUUCAAUGUUAUGCAUCAUCUUUUGUGUACAUACAAUGUUUCAGUUUUUUCGAAUUCAAUAGGAAAGAUGAAGAAAGUAAUUAUUAAGUACAACGC